CACCUACCUCUGCAACCCACUUGACCGCUCCGCGACUUAGAUCUACGGACUAAUUCAGCCAUGACAGCGUCUAAUCCCUCACUGAGCGCAGUAUCAGCCUCUAAAGCUGCUGAGAGCUCAAAUGCGAAGCGAAAGAAUGCUCCAAAGGAGGAUGAAGAUGAUUCAAGCUCUGAUGAUGGGAGCGAUGUAGUGGAGCAUGAUCAAUGUCGACUUUGAUUUCUACAAUCUGAAUGAGGAUGUAGACCAGAUCGCCGCAAAGCGAUUGCUGCGACAGCAUCUCUCUCAUGACGAGGAGCUAGUGGAUGUUCAUCCACUAGCCUCCUUGAUACUGGCGGAGAGCUCUAGACUUGGCGCAGGGAGCAGUAUCAAAACAGAUGGAGAGGAGAGCGAUCCUUGGGCUAUACUCGCAGCCGUCGACCUGGACAGGAACAAGGAUGACCCUGCUCUCAAGCCUUUCGUUUCAUACCUCGCCGGCCGAUCCAAAUCCGCAACCUCCAUUUCAUCCCAGCUGCUCGAGCCUUCCAAAACCGCUCUCAUUUUCUCCCUCCGAAUGCUGAAUCUACCCUUACCACUCAUCCCGCCCAUGUACAAGAUGCUUCUGUCUGAGCUCACAGACAACGGCGCGGAAUUCGACCAUUUCAUUCUCUGGGGCAGAGGAUACCGCUUAGAAGGGAGUGAAGAGGGUAUGGGGUUGGACUUGCACGAUCAGAGCCGAGGUAAGAAGAAGAAAAAGGCUGGGAAAGCUACGUCGUCGGCUCCUGCACUUGCUGCGGGUAGCUUUGCCUAUCAUCCGGAGGAAGAGUUUAUCGACAAGGUCGCAGAAGAAGUCCACACCUACCCCUUUCAGUCCGCUCAGCAACGUGACGAAGACGCGUUCGGAGUGGAGCAAUUCGGACGACUGGUGCUCGUGAAUCGAGACAAGCUACUUUCAGCAAUCAAGAGCAUGGAAGCGGCUGCUGCUGAGCCGUGAUGAUGAUCAUGGGUAUUGUGUUCACUUGUAGAAUCUAU